UCUGGUAGAGGAGGGGAAGCUGAGUGCCUUCUAAGGUCCUUCUGUGUUACCUGCUCGGCUCACACAGCUGCAUCUGCUCCAGCUAUGAAGUGGCUCUUCCACACCCUUCUCUGCAUGGCCAGCCUGACGCCACUGGAAGCCUUCAAUGUGGAUGUGGCCUGGCCCUGGGUCACAGCACUCAGGCCAGGUGAACCUCCAUUGCUCAGUUCCUUUCUGCAUCAAGACCCCAGCACUAACCAAACCUGCCUCCUGGUCACCAGGCGCAGCACUAACAGGACAUCAGCACCCCUGUAUCGAUGUGCCAUAUCCACCAUUCCAGAUGAAAUUGCUUGCCAUCCAGUAGAGAACAUCUAUAUGCCAAAGGGCAGGUACCAGGGAGUGACAGUGGUCCGGAACCACCAUGGUGUUUUGGUGUGCAUUCAGGUACGGGCCCGGCAGCCCAGCAGCCUUAACUCCGAACUCACAGGUGCCUGCAGCCUACUGAGCCCCAGCUUGGACCUCCAGGACCAAGUCUACUUCUCUAACCUUGAAAAACUCCUGGAUUCAGGCAUCUGUGUGGACCUUGGUCACUGCUACAGAAGCAAAGGAGGCAGCAGAGGGGAAGAUAAGACACCAGCCAGAGGACCCCGGGCAGUGGAGGAGGAAGAGGAGAAUGAUGAAGAGGAGGAAGCUGGGACUGAGAUUGCUAUUGUUCUGGAUGGCUCAGGAAGCAUCGAGCCCGAAGACUUCCAGAGGGCCAAAGACUUCAUCUCCAACAUGAUGAAGAACUUCUAUGAGAAGUGCUUUGAGUGCAACUUUGCCCUGGUGCAGUAUGGGACAGUGAUCCAGACUGAGUUCGAUCUUCAAGACAGCCAGGACGUUGUGGCCUCCCUUGCCAGAGUUCAGAACAUCAUUCAAGUGAAGAAUAUGACUAAGACCGCCUCAGCCAUGCAGCAUGUCCUAGACAACAUCUUCACUCCAAGCCGCGGCUCCAGGAAGAAAGCAUUGAAGGUCAUGGUGGUGCUUACCGACGGUGACAUAUUUGGGGACCCUCUCAACCUUACGACUGUCAUCAACUCCCCAAAGAUGCAGGGUGUUGAGCGCUUUGCCAUUGGGGUGGGUGAUGCAUUCCAGAAGCCUAAGACUGACAAAGAACUGAAGCUAAUUGCCUCAGACCCCAAAGAGACCCACAUGUUCAAGGUGACCAACUAUACGGCUCUGGACGGGCUGCUGAGCAAGCUACAGCAAAGCAUCAUCCAUAUGGAAGGCACAGUUGGAGAUGCCCUUCAGUACCAACUUGCACAAACCGGCUUCAGCGCCCAGAUCCUGGACAAGGGGCAGGUGUUACUUGGCACUGUGGGAGCCUUUAACUGGUCUGGCGGUGCGCUGCUCUAUGACACACAGAGUCGUCGGGGCGGCUUCCUAAACCAAACAGCUGAGGAUUCUGGGGCUGCACAGUACAGCUAUCUCGGUUAUUCAGUGGCAGUGCUGCACAGGGCCGAUGGCUUCUCCUACGUGGCAGGGGCUCCAAGGCACAAGCUCCGUGGGGCUGUGUUUGAGCUUCUGAAGAAGGACACCUUUGUGCGACAGAUAGAGGGAGAGCAGAUGGGGUCCUACUUUGGCUCUGAGCUGUGCCCUGUGGAUAUUGACAUGGAUGGAACCACGGAUUUUCUGCUGGUGGCCGCUCCAUUUUAUCACAUCCGUGGAGAAGAAGGCAGAGUCUAUGUGUACCACGUGCACAUGCAGGAUCCUUCCUUCUCCUUGGCAUUCACACUGAGUGGGCAUCACAGGUUCACCAACAGCCGCUUCGGCUUUGCCAUGGCGGCAGUGGGGGAUAUCAAUCAAGAUAAAUUCACAGAUGUGGCCAUUGGGGCCCCUCUGGAGGGCUUUGGUGAGGGGACCAGCUAUGGCAGCAUAUACAUCUACAAUGGACACUCCGAUGGCCUCCGUGCCAGUCCUUCCCAGCGGAUCAGAGCCUCCUCUGUGGCUUCGGGACUCCACUACUUUGGCAUGUCUGUGGCCGGUGGCUCAGAUUGCAAUGGCGAUGGCCUUGCUGACAUCACGGUGGGCUCUUGGGACCGGGCAGCUGUGCUUCGCUCACGACCUGUGGUUGACCUGACAGUGUCUAUGACCUUUACCCCCGCUGCACUGCCCAUGGUUUUCAAUGACAAGAUGGCUGUAGAACUGUGUUUUGAAGUUGGCUCCUCAAGUACAACCUCCAAGCCAGGCCUUGGAGAGAUGUCACUCAACUUCACGGUGGAUGUGGAUGUGACCAAGCCGAGGAAGAGGCUGCAGUGUGCAGACACAAGCAGUUGUCAGAGCCGCCUUAGAAAGUGGAGUGGGGAGUCCUUUCUGUGUGAGCACCUCUGGCUCAUCCCCAUAGAGCAGGAGUUUUGUGAGGGGGACUGCUUUUCCAACAUCACCAUCGAGGUCAGCUACGAGUUCCAGGAAGCUGAAGGAAGGAAGGACCACCCCAACCCCAUCCUGGACCACUACAAGGACCCCUCCGCCAUCUUCCAGCUGCCCUAUGAUAAGGACUGCAAGAACAAAGUGUUCUGCAUUGCUGAGAUCCAGCUGGCCACCGCCAUUUCUCAGCAGGAACUGGUGGUGGGUGUCACAAAGGAGCUGACCAUGAACAUCAACCUGACUAACUCCGGGGAAGACUCCUACAUGACAAACAUGGCUCUGAAUUAUCCCAAAAACUUACAGUUUAAGAGAAUACAAAAGCCGCUCUCUCCAGAUAUUCAGUGUGAUGACCCCAAGCCAGCUGCUUCUGUCCUGGUCAUGAACUGCAAGAUUGGUCACCCCAUACUCAAGCGUUCAUCGGCAAAUGUCUCGGUGAUUUGGCAGCUAGAGGAGAGUAUCUUUCCAAACAGGACAGCAGACAUCACUGUGACCAUCUCUAAUUCUGAUGAGAAGUCUUUGGCCAGAGAGACCCACAGCCUUCAAUUCAGGCACGCCUUCAUUGCAGUUCUUUCCAGACCGUCAGUGAUGUACAUGAACACAAGCCAGAGCUCUUCCGACCACAAAGAAUUCCUCUUUAACAUACAUGGGGAAAAUCUUUUUGGAGCUGUAUUCCAGUUGCAAAUUUGUGUCCCCAUCAAAUUACAAGGUUUCCGGAUUGUAAGAGUGAAGAAUCUAACAAAGACUCAGGCCCACACUGAGUGCACGCAGAGUCGAGAGCGCGCAUGUGGAAGCGAUUCUGUUCAGCAUGUGGAAGAGUGGCAUUCCGUGAUCUGUGCUAUCACAUCUAAUAAAGAAAAUGUAACUGUGGCUGCGGAGAUCUCCCUGGGCCACGCUAAGCAGUUACUAAAAGAUGUAACUGAACUGCAGAUCCUUGGUGAAAUAGCUUUCAACAAAUCUCUGUAUGAGGGGCUGAAUGCAGAGAACCACAGAACGAAGAUCACUGUCAUCUUCCUGAAAGACGAGGUGCUCUACUCUUUGCCCGUCAUCAUUGGCAGCAGUGUUGGAGGCCUCCUGCUCUUGGUUGCGAUCAUAGCCCUUCUAGUCAAGUGUGGCUUUUUCAAGAGGAAAUAUCAGCAGCUGAACUUGGAGAGUAUACGCAGGGCCCAGCUGAAGGCCGACAGUCUGCUGGAGGAAGAUUAGAGCCUGCUUCAGUCCCGGAGCCUGGACGCCCAGGGUCUGCCACAUACUUGCCUUAGGACGACCUAGGAACAUAACAAACCAUAGAGUGUUGUUCACAGCCACACAUUGUCCCCAUAGUGUUUGUGCACUGUGCAAAAGGGAAGUUUGGACACGUUUUUCUCUUAAAUAAAUUUACUUUUACAGCA